GCGUUUGAAAGUAGACAUCAGUGGAUGAAUAAAUGAACAGUAGCACAUCAAUAAUGCAUCCACAGGUUCACGCCGGUCGGACCAACGCUGGUGCGACAGGAGAGACCAGGUUGCGGAAGUAGACGCUACCUGCAGAUGAUGCGCAUUUAGACGGACUAGGGGAGGAGGCGCAACGCACGCAGAUGUCACAGUUGUCUGGUAUGAUACAAAACUGAAGACUUCAGGAAAUCGAACCGAAACACAACAUUGUUGGGGAGAUUCCCCGCUGUUUAUUCCGGGUUUCUUUAAGUACCCGGUCCGGGGUUUCUUCUUCAGUCUGGCACACAUCUGACUUCAGGGACAUCUUUUAUUUUAUUCAAUUAUGGGGUCUCUAAAUUCUUUACCUGAUGAACCCCAAUACGUUGGUCUGGCGGAGAAAACAGGAUUUUCCUUCGAACAGAUCGGAAUUCUACACAAAAGAUUCAAGCAGCUGAGCAACAAUGGAGAAACUCUGAGGAGAGAAGAUUUCAACACGAUUCCAGAUCUGCUUUGCAAUCCCAUCAGAUCCGAGAUCAUAGAGGCUUUCUUUGACAGGAGAAAUUUCCGGCAGACUGACGCCGUUGGCACGGUGCAUGAGAUCGGCUUCGGGGAGUUCUUGUUGGUCAUGUCCCACUUCAGACCGCCAUCCAUACGCCUGGACGACGAGCAGAAAGAGGUCAUCCGCACGGAGAAACUCCGAUUUCUGUUCAACAUGCACGAUACGGACAACGACGGCACCAUCACCCUCGAGGAGUACAGACACGUGGUCGAGGAGCUGCUGUCUCGUAGCGGCGCUCUGGGAAAAGAAACGGCCAAAGGCAUCGCAGACGCUGCAAUGCUUGAGGUGGCAAGCAUCUCCAUGGGUCACAUGGAACCCGAUGAGUUUUACGAGGGAAUCACAUUUGAGCAUUUUAAUAAGCUACUGAAAGAAUUUGAAGUUGAAUCCAGGAUGAACAUCCGCUUCAUGAACAUGGACACGACCACGCUGUGCAAGUGACGUGUACACAUCACAUAAACGUGCACUACUUUGAUGUUACAAGUUUUUGUUUUUUUUAUUAUACUUUGGUUGUUUAGCAGCCUGAGACCUCUCCGUUCAAUUUCGUUUUCAACGGCCGUGGACCAAAAGGCCUCUUGAUGCGGCUGGAUAGACCUACGACCCAUCAGAGCCACCCAACGUGUGGCAUAUCAGCGGCAUCCAUCCUGGUGGUUUCUGAAAAUUCCUCAGCGGCACUCUCAUAAGGUGCUCCUCUGUCUAGUCAUCGUAUUAAACCCGCCCCCCAAAUUAGAUAAACGGUUGUGAUUGGCCCGAUCCGGUUCUGGUUUGCUGGAGAUCUGUCUGAGCGGAUGUGGAGCCAGACACAUUCGCCCCAGAGCUCCUAAGACAUGAGCUUGUAGAUUUGUCUGGUUCCAAGGCGAGUAGUUUAGCAUCCUAUUUUAGAACCUUUGUUGAGUAGUUUGCUAUAAUAUUGCCUUGAUAGAGGUUGAUUAUGUGCACUAUAAGAAUAUAUCCAUUAUAUGCCUUUGUCUUAAUUCAUGUUUAGAUUACUAUGCAGGAACACAGGUUUUCGACACUAUGUUCAGCAUGAUUGUCCGCAAUAUUGUACACAAACAAAGCCCUUAUUUAACAAUCAGUCUGUCAGUAAGCAAUAAUGGUACAGAGGUACUAAGUGUAUCUCCCUGUGCAUGCAAAUAUGGAUGCUCAAACAUCCUAUGAAUGUCAAACCUACGAUAAUCAGGGAUGUGUUAAUGAUGAUGACACACUUUUGUAUGAAUAUGAAUGCAUAUAUUUCAUACCUUUUCAUGUGUUUCAAUAGCAGCCCAAUAAUGCCACUUUUUAUCUAAUAAUGUUUGCACGUGCCUCCAAUAUGAUGACAAUUACUCACACUUUCACAAUUAAACAUUGAGUGAAUGAAAUUCAAGGCCUCCAUGUCCCUCAUUUCGGGUGAUGUCAUACAUCCUUAAUUAGUCUCUCAUACUGUAUGCAACAGGAAGUUAAACCAUGAGAAAAGCAAACCUUACACAAAGCUUCUCUAGAAUUCAGCUUCUGAGGAAUUCUGAAGAAUUCUAAAAAGAGGAAGGAUGUAUAACGUAGAAGCCGCAGGAAGCUUCUUCCAGUCAUCUGGGUCAACCCCGCUCUCAGAGCAGUGGGGUAAACCGAGAGCAUGUAGAAAAUGAAAUCGGCACAAGUUGGAUUGUGUUACUAAGUCACUGUUUGCAAUACAGGUCCACUGCGCGGGGCCUUUGUUUAAGUUCCAGUCGGCACUUUGUAAACAUGCAGAUGUUUAAUUUAUUUAACGACGUGACUCCUAACUGACUCCAGCAUACGAGUGUGUGCUGAAUCAGACCUCCUAUUUCAGCGGGCUUGUUAGUAACGACCUUUUAGCCACUCCAAUGUUCGGCUGCUUACAACAUAGGAAACUAGAGCAUGGACUGCAUU